UGGGCGAGUGCCGGUCCGAUUCAAAUCGCCUCGUGGAGCUCUCCAGUCGGAACGGUUAUUUGGAGCCGUGUUGUCACUGCUUUAGAGUUGCUUAGCCCACGUCGAGCAGGCAGACAUGUCGAACAAACAAAUUUACUACUCGGACAAGUAUUAUGACGACCAGUAUGAGUACAGGCAUGUUAUGUUGCCCAAGGAGCUUGCAAAGCAAGUACCAAAGACUCAUCUUAUGUCUGAGGAUGAAUGGCGGAAACUAGGUGUGCAGCAGUCUCUGGGCUGGGUCCAUUACAUGAUGCAUGAACCAGAGCCCCAUAUUCUACUGUUCCGAAGACCUCUUCCUAAGGACCAGGAAAAAUAAAUCUUCAUUUUCUGGAAAUUUCUGGGACUUCAUGUAAAUAUUGUAGUAUUCAAUGAAUACAUUAAAAUUGUACAAAUUCAUUCAAACCUGUGUAUGAGCUGUAUUCUAAACAGCAAUAGAGCUCAUUGUGGUGCAGCGGGUUUAGACUGCUGUGAGACAUAUUUAAAAACAAAAGUACAAGGAGUCAAAAUGAUGUUGGUUCCACUCUUUAAAAAAAAAUUAAAAAAAAUUAUAGUUUCUGUUAACUUUUUCCUGUAAACUCCAUUUUGUCUUGUUUUCUUGAUUGAUGCAGUUGUGAAUAAAAAAAAAAUUA